AACGCGGUUCAGACAAAAAAAAAAAAUUUCCCACUUUUAGUUCUUAAAUUAAACCACAUAAAUGUUCAUUUGAUUCCUCAUUUUCUAAUUUGCAAAACAAAAGAACAGAAGAUCCAAAGUGACGAAUGAACAAUGGCGUUUCCUGCUUGUCUUCUCUUAUUUUUUCUGCAACUUUUCUCAGCUUUAUAUCUUAGUCUUGCUCAAGAUCAGUCAGGAUUCAUCACUUUGGAUUGCGGUUCGCCGAGAGGAACUACCUUUCGUGAGAGAACAACAAAUCUUACUUACAUCUCCGAUGCAAAUUUCAUCAAUACCGGUGUUGGUAGAGGCAUCCAACAAGCGUACCGGACCCAAUUUCAGCAACAAGCCUGGAACCUACGGAGUUUUCCACAAGGCAUACGAAACUGCUAUACCCUAAACCUAACCACAGGCGAUAAAUAUCUGAUCAGAGCAAGUUUCUUACACGGCGGUUAUGACGACAAACCCUCCACGGAGUUCGAGCUUCACCUCGGGCCUAACCUAUGGACUAAAGUUUCAACCACAAACGAGACACAAGCAUCAGUAAAUGAGAUGAUUCAUGUCUUGACCACAGAUCGUUUACAAAUAUGUCUGGUCAAAACAGGAAACUCAACGCCUUUUAUCUCCGCUUUAGAGCUUCGUAAACUCAUGAACACAACUUACUUGACUCAACAAGGGUCAUUGCAGCUCUUCAUCAGAGCAGACGUUGGCGCAACUGUUAACCAAGGCUACAGGUUCGGAAUCGAUGUGUUUGAUCGUGUCUGGACUCCGUUUAACUUUGGGAACUGGUCGCAGAUCAGUACCAACCAGACAAUAAAUGUCAACAAUGACUAUCAACCACCAGAGAUUGCUAUGGUCACAGCCUCUGUUCCAACAGACCCGGACGCACAGAUGAACAUUACGCUAGUCGAGGUCGAGCGCAAUGUGAGAUUCUACGUUUUUAUGCAUUUUGCCGAGAUUCAAGAGCUCAAGUCCAAUGAAACAAGAGAGUUCAAUAUCAUGUACAAUGACAAGCGUAUCUACGGACCCUUUAGACCGCGUAGUUUCACCACUGAUUCCGUAUUUACCCCUACCGAAGUUGUCGCUGAUGCAAAUGGACAGUACACGUUUUCGCUUCAAAGAACAGGAAAUUCGACUUUGCCUCCCCUCCUCAAUGGCAUAGAGGUUUAUUCGGUUAAAUUGUUGCCGGAGCAAGAAACCGAUAUUAAAGAAGUUGAUGCAAUGAUGAACAUCAAGUCGGGUUACGGGGUGAACAAGAUUGACUGGGAAGGAGAUCCUUGCGUGCCACGUGCUUAUAGGUGGUCUGGUGUUAAUUGCAGUUACAUUGACAAUGAGAAACCGAAUAUCAUUUCUUUAAACUUGUCUGCAAGUGGCUUGACCGGAGAGAUAUUGGAAUUCAUAUCAGACCUUACCAAAUUAGAAGUUCUUGACUUGUCUAACAAUACUUUAACUGGUUCGGUUCCUGAAUUUCUAGCAGACAUGAAAACCUUAAAACUCAUAAAUCUAUCAAGCAAUGAGCUAAACGGUUCAAUCCCUGAAACUCUCCUUGAUAAAGCACGAAGAGGAUCGAUUUCAUUAAGUAUCGAAGAUAAUACCGGGCUCUGUUCAUCCGGUUUGUGCGCCACAACAAAGAAGAAGAAGAAGAAAAACACGGUUAUUGCACCUGUUGCAGCAUCACUUGUUUCAGUAUUCCUCAUUGCAUCUGGAAUCGUUACUUUCCUUAUCCUUAAGAGGAAGAAGAGAGCCAAGCUUGGUCUUAAUCCCAAUUCAGGUACCGGUACAACACCGUUACAUCACCACGGUUAUGAAUCCCCCGUGAUAUCAAAGAACCGGAAGUUGACUUACAUAGAUGUUGUCAAGAUCACAAACAACUUUGAGAGAGUUCUUGGUAAGGGAGGUUUUGGUGUGGUUUAUUACGGCGUAUUAGAUAACCAACCAGUAGCUGUUAAGAUGCUCACUGAGUCUACUGCUCUUGGUUACAAACAGUUUAAAGCUGAGGUUGAGUUGCUUCUUAGAGUUCAUCACAAAGAUCUCACGUGUCUUGUUGGAUAUUGCGAAGAAGGCGAUAAACUGUCUCUAAUCUAUGAGUUCAUGGCGAAUGGAGACUUGAAAGAGCAUUUAUCAGGGAAGCGUGGACCGUCGAUACUAACUUGGGAAGGAAGGCUUCGUAUAGCAGCGGAAUCAGCUCAAGGAUUGGAAUAUCUACACAAUGGAUGCAAACCGCAAAUAGUUCACCGUGACAUUAAGACAACUAACAUCUUAUUAAACGAGAAAUUCCAAGCUAAGCUUGCGGAUUUCGGGCUUUCACGGUCUUUCCCACUUGGAACUGAAACUCAUGUCUCAACCGUAGUGGCAGGAACUCCUGGAUACCUAGAUCCCGAAUACUACAGGACUAAUUGGCUGACCGAGAAAAGCGACGUGUUCAGCUUCGGUGUUGUUCUGCUUGAGCUAGUAACGAACCAACCAGUGAUAGACCAGAAAAGGGAAAGACCACAUAUAGGUGAAUGGGUUGGUUUGAUGCUAUCAAGAGGAGACAUUAAUAGCAUUGUGGAUCCUAAGCUUCAAGGAGACUUUGAUCCGAACACGAUAUGGAAAGUCGUUGAAACCGCUAUGACUUGCCUGAAUCCAUCUUCUUCAAGGAGACCGACGAUGACUCAAGUGGUCAUGGAUUUGAAAGAAUCUCUGAACAUGGAGAUGGCAAGAAACAUGGGAAGUCGUAUGACGGAUUCAACUAACAAUUCUUCAAUCGAGCUAUCCAUGAAUUUCACAACAGAGCUUCAUCCUGGAGCUAGAUGAAUCAAGUCUGUAUAGAAUCUGUUCGAAGCUGCAAGUUUCUUUUGUUAUGUUUGUGAUUGAACAGAGUCAGUCUUAAUUGUGUUGUAAAAUUCGGUUUGGAAAGGAUAAAAUUCCGUUUUGG